GUCCCAGACAACCCGUUUUCCCCAGGGCGCAAUAGUAAGAGUCUAUAUACUCCAACUGCCGCGAAUUAAUGCAUCCUGAGCCUGAGCUGAAAUCGGUGCGGAGCGAAAUCCACAGAACUGUUGCAGCUACGGAGCCCGCAUUGCAACACAGAAUCGAUGCUCUCCAGCUCAGCUGCCGGGUUUUGCUCUGGCUGGCGCUGUGGCGUUCACACACGAGAUACAAGCCGGACUCGCCCGCUACACUGCCCGGACCCCGCCGAUUUUAAUAUGGUGAGGGGGCGAUACGUGCCGAAAGGGGAUGUGAAGUUGAAGGAAGAAGCUGAAUAAUGCACAGCAGUAUCAUGAGCUAUCAUCAGGAAAAGCGAGCACCGGUGGGGACAGCAACAGGGGAGAAGCAAUAGUAAGGAUUUGGUGAUAAAACACGAACAUGGUUCAGGUUUAAUGAGACUCAAUUCUGGGAUGAUGGAGAGGGGAAAUGUGAACUGAAGUCGAUUAUAUGCUACGGAUUCCUGUCUUCCUGUGUGUCUGCUUGUAGACAUUGUGUGGGUUUCUUCUUCGUCUUCCUCCUGUGGAGAUGAUGUGCUGCGGACCCGACUGAAGAACCUUUCCUGGGGUUGGUUGUCCAGAGAAAGCACAAACGGAGACGCAACAGCAAGAAAAUAUGUAUGGCAGGUAUACCCAGGAGCUGGGGGUAUACGCCAAGGAGGAGGCGGCGCGGCUGCGAGAGGAGAGCAGUCUCCGGAGGGUGUCCAGCGAGCGGAGCCGGUCAGCAGAGCUGCUGGAGUAUGAUAAAGGGCGCUGCGCCAAGUGUCGGAGGUAUCCAUACUCCCUGGACCCUCCACCUCAAGACUUUCUUUCUGUCUGCACGGUUCGCUGUCAGAAGUUCCUGAUCUCCAGGGUGGGCGAGGACUGGAUCUUUCUAAUCCUCCUGGGGCUUCUCAUGGCACUGGUCAGCUGGGUGGUCGACUUCGCCAUCGCCAUCUGUUUACAAGCACAGAAGUGGAUGUACGGGGGUCUGGACAGUAACGUGUUCCUGCAGUACUUGGCCUGGGUCACCUAUCCCGUGGUUCUCAUCACCUUCUCAGCGGGAUUCACACAGAUCCUCUCUCCGCAGGCUGUCGGCUCGGGAAUCCCAGAAAUGAAGACGAUCCUGCGAGGGGUGGUCCUGAAAGAAUACCUCACUUUCAAAACCUUUGUGGCCAAAGUGAUCGGCCUGACCUGCGCGCUGGGCAGUGGCAUGCCCCUGGGCAAGGAGGGCCCGUUUGUGCACAUCGCCAGCCUGUGUGCUGCUCUCCUGAGCAAGUUUAUGUCCCUCUUUGGGGGAAUCUAUGAGGAGGCGAGCUUUGAUGGACAUAAGAACGAGUCGCGGAACAUCGAGAUGCUGGCUGCCGCCUGCGCAGUGGGGGUGGGCUGCUGCUUUGCUGCGCCUAUCGGAGGCGUCCUCUUCAGUAUAGAAGUAACCUCAACAUUCUUCGCUGUCAGGAACUACUGGAGAGGAUUCUUCGCUGCCACCUUCAGUGCCUUUAUCUUCAGAGUGCUGGCUGUGUGGAACAGGGAUGAGGAGACCAUCACUGCACUAUUCAAAACCCGUUUCCGCCUGGACUUCCCCUUUGACCUCCAGGAGCUUCCAGCCUUUGCAGUGAUUGGGAUUGCCAGUGGCUUUGGAGGAGCUCUCUUUGUUUACUUGAACAGACUGAUUGUUCAGUUCAUCAGGAAGCAAAAAGCCAUCAACAAGUUUUUGAUGAAAAAACGUCUUUUAUAUCCUGCUCUGGUGACCCUGCUUGUCUCAACCCUGACCUUUCCCCCUGGUUUCGGACAGUUUAUGGCUGGACAGCUAACACAGAAGGAAUCGCUGGUGACCUUGCUGGAUAACCGCACCUGGGCCAAGCAGGGCAUUGCAGAGGAGUUUGACUACAUUGGCAACUCUCAGGCCUGGAAACACCCACAGCUCAAUGUCUUUGUCACCCUCGUCAUCUUCAUCGUCAUGAAGUUCUGGAUGUCAGCUCUGGCCACGACAAUCCCUGUACCCUGUGGAGCCUUCAUGCCUGUCUUCCUCAUCGGGGCGGCGUUUGGACGCCUGGUGGGCGAGAGCAUGGCAGCCUGGUUUCCAGAUGGCAUCCACACUGACGGCAUCAUCUACCCCAUUGUGCCAGGGGGGUAUGCUGUAGUGGGGGCCGCCGCGCUGUCAGGAGCGGUCACCCACACUGUUUCGACAGCGGUGAUUGUGUUCGAGCUGACGGGACAGAUCUCCCACAUCCUGCCGGUGAUGAUCGCAGUGAUCCUGGCCAAUGCGGUGGCCCAGAGCCUGCAGCCCUCGCUCUACGACUCCAUCAUCCGCAUCAAGAAGCUGCCCUACCUCCCUGAGCUGGGCUGGGGUCACCACGAGAAGUACAAUAUCCGCGUGGAGGACAUCAUGGUCCGGGAUGUCCGGUACAUCACGCUGAACUGCUGCUACCGUGACCUGCAUGAUGUACUGCAUAGCGGCAACCUCAAGACACUGGCCCUGGUGGAGUCGGCAGAAUCGAUGAUCCUGCUGGGUUCCAUCGAGCGCUCCCAGCUGCAGGUUCUCCUCUCACAGCAGCUUGGUCGGCCUCGUAGAAUGGCAUACCUGCGGGAGCGGGCACUGGCCGACAAGAAGCGCUUCUCCACCCAGAGCCAGACGGGCACUGAGAACGGGAGCCAGCGAACCAGCCAGGAGGUUCGUUUCCAGAUUUCCACAGAGGAGUCUUCAUUCAGCCCCACGCGUACCAACUCCCAGAAGCCCCUUAAACCAGCACUGAAGAGGGUAUCCUGCACAAGCAUGGACAACAAUUCAGCUCCCCAGGACAAUUCAGGCAUUGCCUUAAAAAACCUCUUCUGUGCCAACCCUGAGCCUGAGCCUGCAGAGAACAAUGAUGUGUCAGGGGCUCCUGACAACAGAAAGCCCAAACGAGUGAGGAUAUCCAUUGUGGACGAAGCCGAUGUAGAAGACGACAUGACUGUGAGAGAGAUUGCUGAGUGGGAGGAGAGGCAGCUAGAUGAGCAGGUCAACUUCAACAACUGCAAAAUCGACCCUGCCCCCUUCCAGCUAGUGGAGCGGACCUCUCUGCACAAGACGCACACAAUCUUCUCCCUGCUGGGCCUGGACCAUGCAUACGUCACCAGUAUCGGCAGACUGAUCGGAGUGGUGUCCCUAAAGGAGCUGCGCAAGGCCAUCGAGGGCUCGGUGACGGUGAAAGGCGUGAAGGUACGCCCUCCGCUGGCCAGCUUCCGGGACAGCGGCACGAGCAGCAGCGAGACUGAGACCACGGAGAUCCACAAGCUGUGGGGCCGCCACAAACACGUGUCCCUGCCACGGGAACUGAGCCCCUCCGACACGGAGGAGAAAUCGCAGUGAGAGGGGGAGCAACGUCGGCAACUGCACUGACUCCACUUUACUGCACUGGGGAGGAGAGGAGGGAGGCUCGCCUCAGGCAGUCUCUCCUCUCGCCCCCAUCCACAUACUCCACUGUCAAUGACCACAAGAAAAGACGUAAAUAUAGGCAUCCUAGUACAACAGUACAAUAUGCACAUGUAUGCUUGUCUGAGUGUAAAGAGAAAAUGGAUGGAAAUAUGAUUUUUUAUCUGGGUGAAUGAAUAACAGCAUCUCUGGACAUGGGACUAAGAAUUUUAAAGUGGGGAAGAAUAUCUUUCAGCUUGGGAGGUUUGAGGGUCUGUACUCUUCACCUAAAAGGGUGUAUCUGAAGUUCUCCCUUUUUAAAAAAAGCAUAAUGCAUGGUCCUUCUAGGUAGUGUAAUCAUGCACUGAGUUGGUGACCAGAGACUACAGAUACGUGCUGCCGUUUCCUAAUGGAGUUGGCAACAAUGCCUGGUACUGACCAUGCGGGAAACUGCUACCUGUGAUCGUAACAAUGUCAUGUCAAGAAUGAGCAUGCUGUUAUAAUGUGUGAGUGAGCAUGAGAUAUUUGGUGUGUAGAUUACAGUAUUAGCCCUUCUUAGCAGAUGCCUCAAGCUGCAACACAGUGAGUGUUUAAUUGCAGUUCUGAAGUAUGUACCUGGUGGGACGCACUGUACAUCAUCUCUUAAGAUGGCAAAGGGGGGCCAGAACAGUACAGAUGGGGGAGCAUAAAGCGAAUGUCUACAUUUCAAAUUUAUUUCAUCUUCAAUUUCAAUGUUGUUGUUGUUCCAAUCCUCAGACCUUGUGCUUGUGAAUGCAAAACCCAUUUCCGUAAGCUGCUGUUCCAUACACAGGAAAGGUGGCUUGUUCUACUUUGUGGCCAGUACCUUAAUGAACCUGUAGACUUUCUUGUGCCCAUCUGGUGCAGUAUGGGGCAUUUGCCAAAUCCAGUAUCCCCCCCCCCCCCCCUCAGCAUUGUCCUGUUAAUGGCAUUAGUAUUCAGGGGGAUCUCUCUAUGCAAUCUAAAAGUUCAGGACUUUAGCAAAAAACACAUUUACUGCAGAAAGAAGGCAUCUUCAUUUGUGUGAGCUACAUGUUGAAUUGUUAUUUUAAUAAAACUGCUGAGAAACAGUGGGUGCCCAUAUUAGGGAAAAUAUUGAGAUAAUAACCUUUGUGCAAUAACCUGAUACUGAUAUCCGUAGUCUGUAACCCUGCAAAUGCGUAGUGCAACGAGCCGGAAAAAGAUGGUGGUCUGAGAUUUAGAGAAUUCCCCACUGAAAGACCAUAUUGGUCACUGAAGGUUGGGGCUGUAACCAAGCAUCUGAGACGCUCACAGUUAUUGGACAUCCCGGCUAGUUUGCUGUGUGUAGUACUGAAGUCGCUCUUGUCCUGAUGUGUCACGUUCACUCUAGUGAUCUACAACAAGCAGCAUAAGUGGCCUCCAAUGUACUAAAGCAGGCAUCCGAUGAAUGUAUCUUUAGUGAUCUGCAAACUGCAGAUAUAGCCAGCGAUAGCCAAUCACCCACUCCAGAAUUUAAUCAAGCCAAGCGCAGUGUACUUCUUCAUGCAUAAUAUUUCUGUAAGUCUUUCAGUCCUUGCAUUUUUGACUCCGUUGGCAAAUCCCAUGCAAUGAUAUGUGCUUGGAUUAAGUCUUAUUAGAUGUCAUGAGACCACAAAUAUAAUCAACACCCGUGCCAGGUUAUGUACAUAAAAUGUGCCCCAUAUUUUUAACAAAUGCAUAAUGUGAAAAAAAGGUUUGGUAACCUCUUUUUUAUCCUUUUAUAAUGUAUAGUUUUAAUACAUUCACAGUACCUAAGAAGUGUUCUUGAAUUGCAUUUCAGCCAUUGCAAGCAUACUUGCUCGGAACAUCACCUGUUCUGAAAGGUCUUCCAGUGGCUGUGCUGUUUCCAGGUGUCCAUACAUAUCUGCCACAGCAGGCAAGAGCAACACAGUGUUUCUGACCCACCUUGACGAAUGUAUAAAUCUACAGUUAAAUGGAGGCCUUGGAUUUUUGGAUUGAAUCAGGUCACGCUGCUGCUGUCUGAAGGAGAACGGCCCCAAAAACCUAUUAAAAAGCAACGCACAUAUCCUCUGCCAAGGACUGUGGUGUAUUGUCCUGGAGAUGUUGAGCUUUGGGAAGACAUCUGCACAAAGUUUUGAUGUACCGAGUAAAGGUUCUUCAGAUCUAGUCUGUAUUUUUCUAUCAGUGGAGAUCUUUUUUAAAUCAGGUUGCAAAGGCUCGUUAAGCAAAUCAACAGCCAGAACCUCAACAGUUUUUUGCCUCAAUAGAUAGCAGCUGCACAGUAAAUCCUUGUGUAAGACUUCGCCUUUAUGAUUAAACACCUUCCUUCCACCUCCCCAUUCUCCGUGGUCUUGUGCACUGCUCUUCUGCGGUCCAGCCCUCCCAAUAUCCUCAAAUUGGACAGAAAAACUCUUUCCCACCUGUCACUAGUAAAGACUCAAGCUGUUUGAUUUAAGCUGAUGCCUGCAGCCCAUAGGUUUCUGUGACCUCAUAUUUACGAUAAAGAGCACUUACCAUUUUUUUAUCAACUUUUACAGCUGAAAGAAAAAAAACAGGCUUAAUGUAUAAUGUAGCAAUCUGAGUCUAGGCAAAUUCAAAGAGAUAAUCUGAGAGUGAGACAGGUAUGGUACAUUUUAACCUCUAGCCAGCCAACUUAAAGGGCACCUUCCAAGUCUGCCUCUAAAGGAGAGCUCUGAGCUUCAAGGACAGAGGCAGGAGAAUAAGUGAAACUGACUCUGUGUCCAAUAAGGAGCAGAUUGAAACUGGAUUCUUUUGCCCUCUGAAGUAGCCCUCACAGUGCUUUAAUCUUAACUUGACAAGAACUUUUCUAGUGGUCUUGCACUGUAGCUAGAACUGAGCACAGCAUUUGAAAAAGUGGAAGCAAUUUAAUUUUAUGUGAUUUGCAUACAUAAUAAAGAUUAAUUAUUUUAAUGAUGUACAGUAAACAAGUAUGUCUACAAUUGACUUCUAGAAUGCAUGUUUAAUUGAUCCGAUCGCUUGUUGUAAUGUGAAAAAGCAGCACACCACUUGAUCCCACUAUAUCCAGUUUUUCAGUGGAUGAGAUCUGAAAGCAUCCUCUUUGUUUCCGGUUGGUUCUUUUAUGUCUAGUGCGCAGUAAAACCCAUUAGCAGGAUUGCAGGGGAGCAAAAAUCACUCCACUUGGACAGAUACCCCUGUUCCUGUAAGGGGCUAUUUACCCCCUCUUCCCUGCAGCAAAGUCAGGCACAAAGAUGGAAAAAGAACAAAUGAAAACCUUAGUGCAUAGACAGGAACAGAAAGAGGCAAGAUGAUGAAAUAUGUGACUGGAAAGGACCCUAAAACCACAAACACAACCAGCAGAGAGACUGCUUUUGCAGACUGCUGCCCGUUUAGAGCAUGCACUGUGCACUGAGGCAAUGGUAACUUGUAAUCAGUAUGCACAGUAUAGUAUAUUGAUAUGGUCUGCAGUUUCCUUAUUGCUGAAGCAUGUAUUAUCAGCAGACAUUCUGAGAUCCUGGAGUUUGUAUUCCUAAGAAGCUUCAGACUAGUUUUGUUGUUUGCAUCCUCUUAGCUGAUCCGCACUGCAUUCUCUGGAUUAGAGUCACUUGUAUUAGGGAGUGGUGUGAGGGGGCAGAAUAAGAACCUGUAUUUCUAUCACAGAUAUGGUUUAUAACUGCAACAUUUAAAUGCAAUUAUGUGCCAUCAGUAAUUCAAUAUAAUUAAAUUUUACAUAAGUACGACUUAACACUGUAACAGAUCAACAUUUUUUUAUUUUGGUUAUUUCGAUGUAUGGCAACAUCUACCUUUGAAUCUGCUGCUGUUGCUGUAACAAACACAGCACAACUUCUCUUAUUGUAGGCUGUUCUUAAUUUUUUCACUCUUUUAUACUGGAAGGCUAUUAAAUUAGCAGAUUUUAAUAGCCUUCCAGUGGACUAAAUAAUCAAGACACCUGCAUGUCUGCAUGACUUCUGUCUCUAGUGCAGCUUUCUACCUGCUUUUAAUUAAUAGUUCAUUUUGAAGGCAGUUUUCCAGUUAAGAUACAUAUUUUUUUGAGAUACGUAAUUUUUUAUGGGUUGUGGAUAGCUAAAAAAUGUCCUUCCUGCUGUUUAAAAAAAAAACGUUUAUAUCUGUUCUUUUUUUUUUACUAGCUUUGUUCCGUUUGUAUAAUAUGAGGGCCUCAAAUCUUUGUCCUGGAGAGCUCUAGUCCAGUUUGUCUUAUAGGUCGCCAGUCUCUGUAGACUGUGAACACCUAUGAUUUUUUUUUAUCAACUAAGCAACUAAUCAGUUUAAUUGAAAAGACACUGGUCCUUGAUGACUGAAGGGUAUUUGGACUUUGGCCCCGAAUAUCUCUAAAAUUUCUUAAGAAAUCACCUGCUGAAUUGAUUAGAAGGAACAUAUUCUAGGUCUUCAUAAAUUGGUCAUUUAAUGCUCACCUACUAUAGUGUACUCACUGGUCUGAGGGCUCUGCAGGAUCAGUGCUGCAGCCUCUGGGAUAAUAUUUAUCACAGUAGCGAAGUAGUACUGGGCUGCUGACUCAAGUUUAUGUGAAUACGGGGCUGUUGCUGACCAUCAUUCUCAUUGUUGGCUGUCAUUAGGAAUCGCAAUUAAUAUUUAUGUCAUUAUUUUCAAGCAUUGCCAACAGCAGAGACAAAGCAGAAUGAGUGUUGGUGGUUGGUGGUCCAUCCAACAUUUUCACUUUGCAUUUACUGUGGAGGGUGACAGGAUAUGGCUUUUUCAACCUCACGUGGGAUCUUGUCUAAAGUUUAGUUUCUUUUAGUUCUGAUUGUAUUAGGAUUUGACAUGGGAAUAUUUCCAGCUUGCUUUUCAGUCAAAGUCAAGGUUUGCCCCAUAUUGGGGUGACCAUAAGUCAUUACUCUAUGUGUGACUAGGACUUUAACACAGAGUGCAAUCUGGUUUGACCUUAUGCAGAACUAAAAGGAAAAGUUUACUGUCUGAGUGAUGACAUCCUGUUUUCGCUAACAAAUUUGUGAAUGGCUACAUUUGAGCUAAGAUGAUGGAAUGAUUUUAGAUAUUAAAGGGAGGGAAAAGUCUGCUUGUUGUACACACUGCAUGGAUUCAUAUUUGGACUCUUUGACACCUGUCAAAUCCAGCCUGGGCAGAACUACACAAAAUCUACAUUUGAAUGCUACAAUACUCCGAGCACCCUGAGCUGCCCAUUCAAACAUCCGGUCCUAUUAUCCUUUUACACAGCUGAUUGAUCCAUUUCAGGCCUUCCAGUCUACUUUAAAGCACGUUGCCCUGUGUUCAGAUGGAUGGUACAUAUUGUGCACUAGCCUGCGUUUGGGCAAAACCUGAAAUGGAAAUAACUUCUGACCCAUUUCCCUGGACCAGCAGAUCCAGAGUGAAAGGUGGAUUGUCAAGAGUGCUGCACUAGAGGCAGACUGGUGUCUCUGUCAUUUAGGCUGAGCCGAAAAAAGCCUUUCUAAGCUGAACAGAUCUUUUCUCUACCCGGCAGUAUCUCUGCUCAUGCUGUCCUGUGAUUGCCUGCACACAUCCAGUGCUCCUUCCCUUGUGAGCCCUGCUUAAAGGCCAUGCAGCCAUCUCUCCAGAUCACAUUCCUGAUUCCUCUGGCCCCCAACACCACUCCCCCCAUCUACGCAUUUGGAAGAAGAACAGUGUACAAUUCAGGCUAUAUACACUGUGACGUUAUUUUUUUGGUUCUUAACUGGGGAAAUAUCCCUUCCCUUCUUCUCUUGACCUUGCAUGGCAGAGCAUGACAAUAGACUACUGCUAACAAGCCUCUAACAAAGGCUGCGUCUCUGUGUCUCUUACUGUAUGUCAUCUUAUGUUUCCAUUAUUCACCAAAACAUUUUACGCAACAUUUGAAACAUUUGCCAUUUUAUAUUAAUGUUGACAGCUAUUCUUGUUGUUAUUACUAGUUAUAGUUUUGUAUUACUGUUUUUUAAUUGAAAUAUAAUUAUUGAUUAGGAGUUACUACCCCUCCUUUUUAACCACAAUAAGCUUUAAUUGUUAUACUUUGGAUAAUGAUUAAAUAAGUAUUGCUAUACUUCUUUAAUUGUUAUACUUUGGAGGGGGGUUGCUGUAAUAAGCAGUAUAUGACACUAAAAGGUUUACAAUUUUUAAUCUAUUAAACAUAUCAUUGUAAGACUGUAAGUAACAUCCAUUUAAUUUAUAUCAUACUGUAAGUGGAAGAUUGUUUGUAUUAUUUAAAGUGUUUAUCAUGCCUAAAGAAGAAAAAGACAGAUGAGCAAAGCUGUGGAUCCAGAAUUUCUCAGAAAGAUAUUUGGCAGAUCCUCCUGGAGAAAGUGGCAUUGCAGUGCGAGUAAAGACAGCUUCUGUUUUGAGGUCUGAGCACUACUUCAGUGUUUGUGUCCCAAUGCACUGUAAGAUCCUGCCAUGCUAUUCUCCUCUCUGUAUCCUGCUGGAACAGGAACAUUUCUCUUGCACAACUCUGCCACAGUUAUAAUACACGGCCCAAUAACAAGAGCGAUGGCAAGGAGUUUAUCAAUUUAGAGAUUACAGUUGAUUAUGAGCUUCUUAUAAAGAUCAUAUUACUGUUCAGUAAUGAAUGUUUAGAAAGAGGUUUUUUUCUUAUAAAUGUUAUUGGUUCCAACAGCUAAUAAGCACAGUAAUAAUGUUAAUUAAUUGUUUAGAAUUCCUCAUGACAGGUGACCAUGAAUUCAGUGGUACUUAAAAAUAACUUUUAACAGAGUUCAUCACCUUCGUAGAGGUGCACUCAGGCCUGAUCCAGUCUUCCUACAGUUAUUAGUUCAGAGCCCUCAAAAGUAUUAAAGCAAACCCAGUGUUCUUCUAACAGGACGUUUUAAAGGGUGAGAGGUUUGCUUUAGGAAUGUCGGAGCUGAACUGGAAUUUAUACUGGAAAUCACUGUGGCCUGCGGACUGGGCAAGAGAAGUGUUGUGACAGUGCAGGUCAGUCCUACUGCAGGACAUCGCUGGACAUUAUACCUCAUUUCCCUGAACCAGUCCUAAAGGACCACAGGAUCUCCCAGUGCUUAAUCCUUUUGAACUGUUAACUGGAUUAAUGAUUCACUUUUACUGAACCUGCCAGUCUGAAGCAGGGGACUAUCUUACCUGCUGAUUUGUGGCUACUUGGAUCAGAGCUGGGAAAAGCUGCUUUAUCUUUGAGGCUAAUGAACUCCUAACAGAGGCCUAUUGUAUGUUCAGACCUACCCGUUUGCUAAUUACAGAUGCUUGCAUAGCUGGGGGUCUUCAGGUUGCAUAGUGAAAAGGAAGUGUCUUCAAGCACUAGUUCUGAGGAGUGCAGCUAGUGAGCAGGUGAAUUUGGUUAAAUGCAGGCCAGGUCAUCAGCCCCACUCUCACUGCUGCAGUGUGGACUUCUAUUAGAAAUCAGUGGCCAGGAGAUUAUAUAUAUGCAACACUGGACUUUAAUUGGAUGUUUAACAACACUUUCUGAUUAAAAGACCUUAUAUGAUAUUUUUUCCAUGCCUUCUGCUUUGUUUGUUAGCAGAUUUAAAAGGGCAAGGUGCAUAGUUUGUUUUAUAAUUUAAUCAAACAAAGAUAUUGAUUGUGAUCAUUUGAAUGAUUUAUUAAAAAGUGCAAUAACUUAUUACUCAUCUCAUUUUUAUAACAAGAUUUAAUCUUAUGACUUGACAGGAAUGCAAAUAACAUUAUUUUUAUAAAGAAAUCAAGUAUAUCGAAUGUAAAAAAAAAACAUACUGUAUAUGUAUCUAGUUUAAAGAAUUGUUAAAUCUAAGCCUUAUUCUGUCCCUUUCUCAUUAUUGAUCAUCUGCUGUAUUGUUUUAAAUGUUUAACCAGUGCCAAUGUAUGUAUAUACUGUACAUGAAAGAAGUGACAAAAUCUUGGGGAAAAGAGAGAUUAACAAAUUUACUAUUAUUUUUCAGAGAACAAAAACAUUUUGUAUAAUGGGAAAUAAAAUUUUAACAAACGUUG